GAAGAAAUUUGAGAUUUGCAAUUUCAGUCGAAUCAUUACCACAUAUCAGUAGAUCAUCUACAUAAACCAGAACAAUAGUGAUAGAAGUAGAAAUUGUCUUGGUAAACAAGCUAUAAUCAGAUUUGGAUUGAGUGAAGCUCAAAUUCAGGAGGCCACAGGACAACUUAUGAAACCAUUGCCUCGGUGUACAUGCCCCCUAGAGAUUACUGUACCUAGCUGGCACAGAAUCUAAUACAUUCCUUUUCAAAAAAAAAAAAAAAGAAUCUAAUACAUUCAUUGUACUAAGCAAAUACAUCAUAACAGAAAAGGAAAAGGACAAAAAACAGGUAUACCAGAAUGCCAGCUAAGAGCAGGAAAAUAUCAGGCCAAAAAGAGAAUAAGGAAUUUAGGAUAAAUAUCCUUAAUAAUUGUUUGUUUGAUCUGUACGGAGUUUUAAAAACCAUUAUCAUUAGUUUUAGCAAUUCGUGAUCAUUUGCUUGGCUAAGCAUUUAAUUUUAACAAUUACGAGUACUUCUUAACCCUCUCAUAUUACAUUCAUCAUAGAUACGAUUAUUAUAUACCCAAAUAAUCGAGAUUCAUUUCAUUUCAUUAUAUCCGAGUAUUCGUAUCCAAGAUCCAAGAUCAAAUCUCACUCACAUUACUCUCCAUUCGCACCCCCCACCCAAAAAAAAAGAGGUAGGCAAAACAGUUGAGACUUAAGAAGGAUAAAUUGUGUCGGCAUCAGACAUUCAGGCCCCAACUCACUGGUGUGACCUCUCUCCUCUCUUUUUUCUCCUUUCACUCUCAUACAAAAUAGAAACAACAAAUUAGAGAUAGAAAUUAAUUUCAGAGUUGGGUUUUCUGGAAAAUAACAUGCAGUGGCACUCCAAAAUGUGGGCACUUCACAAACACAAAUUAUCAAUUUUCAAAUUAGGGGUAAUGAUUUUAGCUACUACUCUUGCUUUACGAGUUUUUCUCUACCAUAAUAGCUCUAGAUUUCCUCCUGAUUCUACCUUUUUUCAAAGAAUUACUUCAAUUCAAUCCCGUUCUUCUUCUUCGUUGUCUGAACUAAUUGAUGGGUCUGAUUCUAGCUCUUCAGAUUCCGGAAUUUCUGAUCAAAUUCCUAUAAAACGAGAAAAGUGUGGCGAUCUUUUUAACGGGGAUUGGAUCCCAAAUCCAGCUGGACCUGCCUACAUUAAUGAAACUUGCAAUUUCAUUGAAGAGCAUCAGAACUGCAUGAAGAAUGGGAGGCCUGAUUCAGAAUAUCUCUACUGGAGGUGGAGUCCAAAAAAUUGUGAGUUACCUCAGUUCAAUGCUAUGACAUUUCUAGAGAUGAUGGAGAACAAAACGUGGGCAUUUAUAGGUGACUCUAUCUCUCGAAAUCAUGUGCAGUCCUUAAUUUGUAUGCUCUCAAAGGUGGAAGAAGCAGAGUUGUUUUAUCAUGAUGAAGGAUACAAAUCUAAAGGAUGGCGCUUCCCAUCUUACAACGUGACCGUAUAUGUUAUAUGGUCUCCCUUUCUGACAGAUGCGACUAUUUAUGAAGACAUUAAUGGUAUCUCAACUCAGGAUCUUGAACUGCACCUUGAUAGACUUGAUAAGAAGUGGACUGAUUUGUACAAAAACCUGGACUACAUGAUCUUCUCCUCUGGAAAGUGGUUUCUCAAACCAGGAAUAUACUAUGAGAAUGAAACAGUUUUGGGAUGUCAUAAAUGUCAGAAGAACCUCACUGACCUCAGUUUAGAGUUUGCUUACCGCAAAACUCUGCAGUUAGUGUUCAACUUUGUUGCUACAUCUGAUCAUAAAGGGUUAAUCUUUUACAGGACUCUUACGCCUGAUCAUUUUGAAGGUGGAGAGUGGUCUAGUGGAGGAAAGUGCAAUAGAACUGUCCCAUUUAAAGAUGGUGAGGUUGAGAUGAAGUACAUGCAAAAAAUGCUGCGACAAAUUGAGCUAGAGGAAUUUGAGAAGGCAGUAGCUCGGGCAUCCGAGAAUGGUGUGCAACUAAGACUUCUGGAUUUAAUGAAGCUUUCCUUGUUAAGGCCUGAUGGGCACCCUGGUCCAUAUCGACAACAUUACCCUUUUGCACUGGAUGAAAAUGCACAAGUCCAGUACGAUUGUCUGCAUUGGUGCUUGCCUGGGCCUAUAGACGCUUGGAAUGAUGUAAUCAUGGAAAUGAUAGUGAACGGAUGAGUUCUUUCGAAGAGACUUGUAAACAAGAUAUGGAACGGUGUGUGAAUACUAAAUGAGCAACAUCAUUCAUGAGUAAAUAGAGGACAUCACCCUAUGGUGGGUUAUACUAAAGGUUAAAGUUUACUUUUUUCUCCCCUGGUUUUCCAAGCUAUUAGUCCUAAUUUUGUGAUUCUCUUGGCUGAUUUAUUGUAUUUUUGAUGUACUGGGUUGAUGAGAACUUUCUGAAAAGGUCAUUGUUGCUGUUAUCUCUCGUGGUAAAUUAUAUUCCCGAUUUGAUGGCUCGUUUUGGUUGUCCUGAACUGUGAAGAAGCAAUUAUGUAAUGAAAGGGUCAUACUUGCUGUAAUUGUUGCUAUUAUCUAUGCAUGAGGAUAUGCAGAAGCUGGGAUUUUUCUUUUUAGUGUCGCAACUCAUUAUGUGCGAGUCUCAGUUCGGGGUGGUUGCAUCUUUUUCUUGUGCAUGGAUCUUGUAGGAAUCUGGAAUCAUGUUAACAACGAAGAAUGUUGUCUCUUCAACAAUUAGAGGAUAUUGAGCAAUUUUUUAGGUCAAGAACUUAAUCGAAGAUUGAUCAUUCGCCAGGUACUAGCUGGAAGAAUUUACUUUGGUUCUCUUAAACUUUGCCUAGUAGAAUAUAUGUGAUCGUACAUGCAAGUACUGAAAUUAAAAAGUGGGUGUAGUUUUGUUUACAUGCAGUCUUGACUCUUUUAGGACAAGAUUUUUGAACUGUUAAAGUCUUUGAACUUAACUUCUUACUUCUGUAUUUUCUUACUGUAAUUUUUUUGGCAAUAAAAUUUCUGUAGUUGUUCUUAGAA